AUGUCAGAUCUCUUGAUGGUAUCAUCAGGAGUGAUUCUCAAGGUACUGGAGUUGCUUGAUACAAGCGCUUUGCCUUCACCAGCUGGAUUGGUGUUUGAGAUGGCUCGUGUGGUGUUUGGAGUGCUUGGUACUAUGGCUGGAGAUGAAGAAGAGGAUGCAGGUGUUAGUCUAGAGCAUAAAGCUUUGCUUGAAGCUUUAACUCGCCGUAUGCACACUAUGAUGGAAACAAGAUUGGGUACCUUCCGCGAAGAGCUUGAUGCUCAGUCUUCAGAACCUAGACGUGAUCCAAGGCAGAACCGACGAGAACCGGCUAGAAGAGAGCAUGAUGGUUCAGAAGAGACUGACAACUACUAUGAAAGAGAACGGCACAGCUCAGACUCUAGACACAGCAGCCGUAGCAACCGAAGGCACAGGCGUGAGCAUCGUCCACGCAAUGAACUAGCUGGAUUGAAGCUAAAAAUCCCUCCUUUCCAUGGCAAGGCUGAUCCAGAUGCUUAUCUUGAGUGGGAGAAGAAGAUUGAGCUAGUUUUCAACUGUCAACACUACACUGAGCUUAAGAAGAUUCAAGUGGCUGCUACUGAAUUCUAUGAUUAUGCCUUGAGCUGGUGGGAUCAGUUGGUUACAAACAAAAGGCGUAAUGGUGAGUACCCUAUUGAGACUUGGGCUGAGAUGAAAGCUGUGAUGCGCAGGAGGUUUGUGCCAAACCAUUACCAUCGUGAUCUCCAUCAAAGACUAAGAAAGCUCACACAAGGAUCACGAUCAGUAGAAGAGUACUUCCAAGAGAUGGAGUUGUUGAUGUUGAGAGCUUGCAUAUCAGAAGAUAGAGAGGCUACUAUGGCUCGGUUCCUUGGAGGACUUAACCGUGAGAUACAAGACAAUGUAGAGAUGCAACACUAUGUUGAGCUAGAAGAGAUGCUACACAAAGCGAUUCUGGUGGAGCAGCAAGUUAAGAGAAAGCAUCAGUCACGAGGAAGCUAUGGCACCAGCAAGUAUCAGCAGGCUAAAGAUGAGAAACCAGCUUAUCAUAAGGAUAAUAAGCUUCAGCCAAAAGAAGAUACCAAGCCAGGCAGUACUAACAGCAAAGACAAAUGGAAAACUGAAGCUACUUCUUCACGAGCCAGGGAUGUCAAGUGUUUCAAAUGUCAAGGGCGUGGUCACUAUGCUAAUGAGUGCACUAACAAGCGAGUCAUGAUCCUCUUGGACAAUGGAGAGUAUGAAUCUCAGGAUGAGAAGCUUGAGGAUGAUCAGGAGCUUUCAGAUGAAGAGUAUGAAGAAGAACCAGUUCAGGGAAGAUUGUUGGUUGCAAGAAGGACUCUCAGCUUGCAAAAUAAAACCGUAGAGCUUGAGCAGAGAGAGAACUUGUUCUACACACGCUGCAUGGUUCAAGGGAAGAUAUGUAGCCUAAUCAUUGAUGGUGGGAGCUGUGUUAAUGUUGCUAGUGAGACCAUGGUGAAGAAGCUUGGAUUAGAAACUCAGAAACAUCCUAAACCUUACCGGCUGCAGUGGCUUAAUGAAAAGGGUGAGAUGAGAGUAUCCACACAAGUCUCUGUACCAUUCUCCAUUGGUAGGUAUGAAGAUGAGAUUAUAUGUGAUGUGAUACCAAUGGAAGCAAGUCACAUCUUGCUUGGUAGGCCGUGGCAAUUUGAUAGAAAAGUCACACAUGAUGGCUUUGCAAAUAAGCAUUCUUUUGAGUUCAAUGGUAGGAAGACUACUCUG